AUGCGGCUUUCCGAAAGUGCAACGGUAGCGUUCGGCCUUUUUUGUGCCGCGACGGCAUCAGCCCAUCCUCGACGCUCCUACGAGACGCGCGAUUUCUUUGCUCUUCAUCUUGACGAUUCCACCUCCCCAGACGAGAUCGCCCAACGCCUCGGAGCACGCCACGAGGGUCAAGUAGGUGAACUCACACAACACCAUACCUUCUCUAUACCCAAGGAGAACGGUGCAGACCUCGAUGCGCUGCUCGAACAUGCACGAAUCAGAAAAAGGUCAAGUCGUGCCGAAGGACGUGGCAUGACGUUGGACAAGGAAAGAGAUUUGAGUGGUAUACUCUGGUCUCAAAAGUUAGCCCCAAAACAGCGACUAGUAAAGAGGGCUCCUCCAACAAAUGUGGCGUCGAGGGGGUCUGUGAAAGAAGAGGACCCCGUAGCUGCCCAAGCUCAGAAACGGAUUGCCUCUUCACUUGGGAUUACAGAUCCCAUUUUCGGCGGACAGUGGCAUCUUUACAACACUGUCCAGGUUGGCCAUGAUCUCAAUGUUUCGGACGUCUGGUUAGAAGGUAUCACCGGGAAAGGUGUCAUCACGGCUGUGGUCGAUGACGGACUGGACAUGUACAGCAACGACCUCAAACCGAACUACUUUGCUGAGGGCUCCUACGAUUUUAACGACCAUGUACCGGAGCCCAGACCGCGGCUUGGUGAUGAUAGACACGGCACAAGAUGUGCUGGUGAAAUUGGAGCAGCUAGGAAUGAUGUCUGUGGAGUAGGCGUUGCAUACGACAGCCAAGUUGCCGGAAUUCGGAUUUUGUCCGCACCCAUUGACGACGCAGAUGAGGCUGCUGCCAUCAACUAUGGCUUUCAGCGCAAUGAUAUAUAUUCAUGCUCUUGGGGCCCUCCGGAUGAUGGCGCCACGAUGGAGGCGCCAGGGAUUCUUAUCAAACGAGCUAUGGUUAACGGUAUCCAAAAUGGCCGAGGAGGCAAAGGUUCUAUUUUCGUCUUUGCAGCUGGAAAUGGUGCAGGGUACGAUGACAACUGCAAUUUCGACGGCUACACAAACAGCAUUUACAGCAUCACCGUCGGCGCUAUUGAUCGAGAGGGCAAACAUCCCAGCUACUCGGAAUCAUGCUCUGCCCAGUUGGUUGUCGCUUAUAGCAGUGGCUCGAGUGACGCGAUUCAUACCACUGACGUUGGAACUGAUAAAUGUUAUUCACUUCACGGCGGAACUUCUGCCGCAGGCCCGCUAGCUGCGGGUACUAUUGCCCUCGCUCUUAGUGCCCGACCGGAACUAACUUGGCGAGAUGCCCAGUACCUGAUGAUAGAGACCGCAGUUCCCGUCCACGAAGACGACGGGAGCUGGCAGACUACCAAAAUGGGGAAGAAGUUUAGCCAUGACUGGGGGUUUGGGAAAGUAGAUGCAUAUUCACUGGUACAGCUGGCCAAGACGUGGGAGCUGGUGAAACCACAGGCGUGGUUCCACUCACCGUGGCUGCGGGUGAAGCAUGAAAUCCCACAAGGUGACCAGGGUCUUGCCAGCUCAUACGAAAUUACCAAGGAUAUGAUGUAUCAGGCCAAUAUCGAGAAACUGGAACAUGUCACUGUGACCAUGAAUGUAAAUCACACUCGCCGAGGCGACAUCAGUGUGGAGUUGCGCAGCCCCGAAGGUAUCGUCAGUCAUCUGAGUACAGCGCGGCGGUCAGAUAAUGCAAAGGCUGGCUAUGAAGACUGGACGUUUAUGACUGUGGCUCAUUGGGGUGAGUCCGGUGUUGGAAAGUGGACGGUCAUUGUGAAGGAUACCAAUGUCAAUGAUCAUGUUGGAGAAUUCAUCGACUGGCGGCUCAACCUCUGGGGACUUUCGAUCGACGGCUCCAGCCAGCCCCUUCAUCCUAUGCCCGAUGAGCAUGACGAUGACCACUCGAUUGAAGAUGCCAUUGUUGUUACCACUAGUGUUGAUCCUCUCCCAACUAAGACUGAAGCCCCACCUGUCCCAACUGAUCCCGUGGAUCGUCCUGUGAACGCAAAGCCAUCUGCGCAGCCAACGACGCCUUCAGAGGCUCCUGCUCAAGAGACAUCUGAAGCUCCCACCCCGACGAAACCCAGUUCUACUGAAUCACCUUCUACCACCACCUCUGCGGAUAGCUUUUUGCCGUCCUUCUUCCCCACGUUCGGCGCUUCAAAACGGACCCAGGCUUGGAUUUACGCUGCGAUCAGUUCGAUCAUUGUAUUCUGUAUUGGCCUUGGUGUCUACUUCCACGUACAGCGACGAAAGCGUCUGCGUAAUGAUCCGCGUGAUGACUACGAUUUCGAAAUGAUAGAAGAUGAGGAUGAAACGCAGGCUAUGAACGGGCGUUCGGGUCGUACACAACGCCGGGGCGGCGAGCUUUACAAUGCUUUCGCUGGGGAGAGCGACGAAGAACCUUUGUUUAGCGACGAUGAGGAUGAGCCUUAUAGGGAUCAUGCCCUUAGUGAAGAUCGGGAACGGCGAGGGAGCACAAGUGGUGACCAUGCUCGGUCAUAG